GGGGGGAGGGGAAGUGAGCUUGCAUGGAUAGCCUCAGAGGAUACAGAAUUCCUACAUAGAACGGGCUUAGAAGCAACAUUCUAGUUGGGGAGAAGUUAUCUACUGGGCUUUAAAGUUUUUUUUUUUUUAAGUUUUUUUAAAAAUAUUUAUUUUUGAGACAGAGAGAGACAGAGCAUGAAUGGGGGAGGGUCAGAGAGAGAGGGAGAUACAGAAUCUGAAACAGGCUCCAGGCUCUGAGCUGUCAGCACAGAGCCCGACGUGGGGCUCGAACUCAUGGACCGCAAGAUCAUGACCUGAGCCGAAGUCGGAUGCUUAACCGACUGAGCCACCCAGGCGCCCCUUAAAGUUCUUAGGAAACACACUAGUUUUACAUACAACUCAUGCUAAUGAUCAAUAAAGAGUAGUUUUCUGAAGUUACUUUUUUAAUUUUUUAAAAUGUUUUAUUUUUGAGAAAGUACAAGCAUGGGAGGUGCAGAGAGAGGGGAACAGAAGAUCUGAAGCAGGCUCUGUACUGACAGUAGAGAACCCAUUGUGGGGCUUGAACUCAUGAACUGUGAGAUCAUGACCUGAGCCAAAGUCAGACACUCAACCAACUGAGCCACCCAGGUGCCCCUAAAGUUAUUUUUAUUUACACUUACAUGAAAUUAAGAAAAGCAAUUCGAUAUGGUCAACUAUCCACAUCAAAGGCUUAUACUGCCAUGAGGAGUGAAGAAGAGGAGGUAUUGUAGGAAGAGUGCUAAAAAAUCAUUCCUUGGGUUUGGCCACCAGGGAUCAGAGAAUGCCUCCCCUUGAAACAUAACAAAAGGGUAGAGUUCCAGUCUUUCAAGAGCUUAACACUAAAUUUGGAUUAGCAUACAAAAAAGACACAAAAGCAAAUGUCUGGAGAAGACAGCUGUUUUCCCCUCACUGCAUCUUCAAGUAUGUGAUAUCAGGGAAUUUCCCAUGUGGUAUUUUUUUAAAUACAAUUUAUUGUCAAAUUGGCUAACAUACAAUGUAUACACUGUGCUCUUAGUCCAUGUGGUAAGUACUAAAAUGUGUUUCCAUUAUUAAAAAUUCAGCUUGAGUUCAGUCUUUGAAAAGUGUUAGAACAACAUAUAUGGUCAAGUGUUAAUAUUCAUAAAGUGCUACAAUAAGAAAACAGACAAUAGAAAUAAACAUAAGUGGCCACUGGCACAUGAAAACUGUCCAAUCAUAUGAGUCAAAGCAACAAAAUUAGGGGGCUUGGAUGGCUGAAUCAGUUAAACCAUGGACUUCGCUCAGGUCAUGAUAUCACGGCGAGAGCUCAAGUCCAGACUCAGGCUCUCUGCCGUCAGCACAAAGCCCACUUCAGAUCCUAUGUCCCCCAUCUCUCCCCCUCCCCUGCUCUCUCUCUCUCUCAAAAAACAACAACACAUUAAAAAAAAUUACAUUAACAAACAUUAAAUAUCCACUUAUGCCCAGAAUUCAUGAGCAGCGUACACUAAUCCACUGCUAGUGAGAACGUAAAUUGUUUUCUUUUGGAGGUCCGUCUGGCAGUUUAUAUCCUUUGACCUAGUAAUUCUCACUUCUAUGAAUCUAUCUUUAAAAAAAAGAACAAAAACCCACAAACAACACAGAGAAAAAAACCACGCGAGGAGUCAGAAUAUUCAUCACGGGGUUAUUUACAACUGAAAAAUUCCAGAAACUUUCCUGUGCGACUCUAAAGGGCAGAUGAGAUCACAGUUUGACCGGGCACUAGAGUGAUUUCUUCUCAAGGUGCAUUUAAGUUUGCUGUGAGGUGGGCCAAUCCGUUUUGCCAACACUUGCCCACGUGCUGGCAAACAAAUAUAAACACCGUGGCCGCGUGGUGAGCACUUGGUUUCGUGCUGGGGCCGACUGUUGGUGCCGCUGGUAUUUACUCUGGACAAGUCUCGGGUGGACUGCCACAGCUUGGGGGAACUCACCUCGCUGGGGACACACCCGACCCUAACAGCCACCCUGGGGGGAAACUGAGGCUCCACAGGCCUUCCCCCACAGCCGUUUCCCCGCCUCCGACUCUCGUCUGUGGCCCUUCCUGCUGAUUUCUGGGUCCGGCCUAAGCAACGCGCUCAGUUCGCAAAGCUCCAGAGGCCCGAGUCACCAUUUCCGGCUCAAACCUCUACCGGGGAACGUGACUGCCUACAGCCACGCCUACAACGCCCCCAGCGGCUCGCACCGAAAGGACACGGGACUGGCAGGAGAGCCACGGUGGUUUCCUGCUCGCCCCGACCCGGAGGAACCCAUAAGUGUUCCCUGGCCCCCACCUCAGACCCGAGAGCGCUGAGGUACCGCGAGCAAGCCGCCUCCAGGGUGGCGUUCGGCUGGGCCUAGUCGAGCCUAGCACCCGUCGCUCCUCCUAGAGGGCCGCCUCGGCUGCCCCGUCCGGCCCCGACCGGGCGGUGCCCGGCUGGGUUCCCGGAGGUCGGACUCCCUCAUAGGCCCGUGGCGCCCCGCCCGCCCAGGCCGGGCCGCCGAGGGCGGGCGGAGCCAGCGGGUUCGCGCCAAAAUCGCGUAGCUGAUCCCUCCCCCGCGGGCUACGUCGCGCCCUCCUUUUUUUUCAAACCCCGGGCUGGGCGGGGAUUGGUGGGCUGGGCACUCACGUGGUUAACGGUCGCGGGAAGCCGCGGAGCCCGAACCUGCGGCUGGACCUGCGGGGACACCAGCCUCGGCGCCCGGGCCGCCCCGCCUCCGCUGGACAGUCCGCGCCGCCGCUGCCGACCCCCGCCACCGCCGCCCGCAGUCCCGAGCGCUCCGGAGCCGCAGCCCGCCGCCGCGCAAGUCCGCCACCGCGGCGACCAGGCGCGCCCAGUCGCACGUGGCUGACCCGCCCCCUAGGCCGUCCCAAGUCCUCGACUCCGCGGGCUUCGGCUCUCCGGUCCUCGGCCCCGGCCCCAGGGCGAGAUGAGCUUCCUAAGCCGGCAGCAGCCGCCGCCGCCCCGCCGUCCCGGGGCUUCUUGCACUUUGCGGCAGAAGCUGAUCUUCUCGCCCUGUAGCGACUGUGAGGAGGAGGAGGAGGAGGAAGAGGAGGAGGGCAGCGGCCACAGCACGGGGGAGGACUCGGCCUUUCAAGAGCCUGACUCUCCACUGCCGCCCGCGCGGAGCCCCACAGAGCCCGGGCCCGAGCGCCGCCGCUCGCCCGGCCCGGCCCCCGGCAGCCCCGGGGAGCUGGAGGAGGACAUGUUGCUGCGAGGCGCCUGUCCGGGCGCGGACGCGGCGGGCGGCGGGGCCGAGGGCGACUCAUGGGAGGAGGAGGGCUUCGGCUCCUCAUCGCCGGUCAAGUCGCCGGCAGCCGCCUACUUCCUGGGCAGCUCGUUCUCGCCGGUGCGCUGCGGCGGCUCGGGGGACGCGUCCCCGCGCGGUUGCGGGGCUCGCCGGGCUAGCGAGGUCCCCUGCUCGCCGCCGCCGGACCACCCCGGCACCCCGCCGCACAAGACCUUCCGCAAGCUGCGGCUCUUCGACACGCCGCACACGCCCAAGAGUUUGCUCUCCAAAGCUCGAGGAAUCGAUUCCAGCUCUGUUAAACUCCGAGGUGGUUCUUUGUUCAUGGAUACAGAAAAAUCAGGAAAAAGGGAAUUUGACAUGCGACAGACUCCUCAAGUGAAUAUUAAUCCUUUUACUCCAGAUUCUGUGUUACUUCAUUCCUCAGGACAGUGUCGUAGAAGAAAGCGAACACAUUGGAAUGAUUCUUGUGGUGAAGAUAUGGAAGCCAGUGAUUAUGAAUUUGAAGAUGAAACAAGACCUGCUAAAAGAAUCACAAUUACUGAAAGCAAUAUGAAGUCACGGUAUACAACAGAAUUUCAUGAGCUAGAGAAAAUUGGCUCUGGAGAAUUUGGUUCUGUGUUUAAGUGUGUGAAGAGGCUGGAUGGAUGCGUUUAUGCCAUUAAGCGAUCAAAAAAGCCAUUGGCUGGCUCCGUCGAUGAGCAGAACGCUUUGAGGGAAGUGUAUGCCCAUGCAGUGCUUGGACAACAUUCUCAUGUAGUUCGAUAUUUCUCUGCAUGGGCAGAAGAUGAUCAUAUGCUUAUACAGAAUGAGUAUUGUAAUGGUGGAAGUUUAGCUGAUGCCAUAAGUGAAAACUAUAGAAGCAUGAGUUACUUUACUGAAGCAGAGUUGAAGGAUCUCCUUUUGCAAGUUGGCCGGGGCUUGAGGUAUAUUCAUUCAAUGUCUUUGGUUCACAUGGAUAUAAAGCCUAGUAAUAUUUUCAUAUCUCGAACCUCAAUCCCAAAUGCUGCCUCUGAAGAAGGAGAUGAAGAUGACUGGGCAUCAAACAAAGUAAUGUUUAAAAUAGGUGAUCUUGGUCAUGUAACAAGGAUCUCUAGUCCACAAGUUGAAGAGGGUGAUAGCCGUUUUCUUGCUAAUGAAGUUUUGCAGGAGAACUAUACCCAUCUACCAAAAGCGGAUAUUUUUGCCCUUGCCCUCACAGUGGUAUGUGCUGCUGGUGCUGAACCUCUUCCUAGAAAUGGAGAUCAAUGGCAUGAAAUCAGACAGGGUAGAUUACCUCGCAUUCCACAAGUGCUUUCCCAAGAGUUUACAGAGCUGCUAAAAGUUAUGAUUCAUCCAGACCCAGAGAAAAGACCUUCAGCAAUGGCACUGAGAACUCAAGAAAGCCCAGAUGGCAAAAGCUGCAGCUGAGGAAAGAGCACUCUUCACUGAUCGGAUGACCACUAGGUCCACCACCCAGAGUAAUAGAACAUCUCGACUUAUUGGAAAGAAAAUGAACCGCUCUGUCAGCCUUACCAUAUACUGAACUACUCAUUUCCCACCUCCCCCAAAAAACUGUGACAAGAGGAAGCUAGGUUGAAAUCACUGCUAGAAUCCAGUUUGCAAAUUACUUUCUCAAUCGGUGUCAGUAGUUUUACUGAAAUACCUUUAGGACUUUUACUUGUGAAUUACAGUUGAAAGCUGUAUUUUGACCAGUGCUAUAUCAGGCUUUCGUCUAGUCUUACUAGUCUGUCUUCUGUAGGAUGUCAGUCACUGUUGGAUGUUACACCAGCCUUUCCAGGGUUAACCACUGUGGUGGUGUGCUGCUUAUGGUUUGCUGUUGCAUUGUAAUAAAAGGUGACUUUCCCUGUAGUGACCUGUAAAAAGGACUCAAGGGCUUUAUUACAAACAUAUUCUCCCUUUGAAAAGGGAAAUGCUAAGAGACUCAGUACUACUCAGCCUUCAGUGUACCUGUGUGUCAAUCUUAUAUUUCUUUUUUUUUUUUUUAAUUGUGAAUUAUACUUGUAUAUCCAACUGGGAGCACUUUGUAGGCACUGCAUGAACCAUGGAAUGAUAAUUCUGUGGAAGUAUUGCCUUGUGAAUUUGCUGCUAUUUUAGUUUUGUCCUUGCUGUAAAAUUGUAGCAUUAAACAAUCAUUGUUGUUAAUAGGCUUUUUUUGGAAAACAAUUAUGUGAAAUAUGUAGCUGCUCUUGAUGACAAGCAGCUAUUUGCCUUUUUUUCCUUUGAACUUUGAAGCUAGUGCAUUGGAGUAAUGCACCUUUUUUUCCCUUUUGGAUUGCUGUAUUAAUGUAGUAUAAUUAUUACUGGUUUUGUAAUUUUUCCUGAUAAUGCCCUUCCCUGACCCUUUUUAAAAAUGUUCUCUCCCUCCACCCAAGUUUUGUACUUGAUUGUAUUGUUAGUCUGUUUUUAAAUGUUUUCCCCGGUUUCUCUUCAAUAUUUGUGUAUAUAAACUAAUCUUGGCGAUAGUGUACAUAGCUGUUUGUAAUGCCAGAAUGACUUCUGACUAUUCCAAGCUUUUCACAAAAUAUAUUUUAUCAAUGAUUAGCCAUUUGACUAAUAAUACUGGCUAACCAGACAUUGCAGAAGCAAAAACAACAUAGAAUUUGUCUGUCGUAUGUUUGCCUAUUAAUUUUGGUUUGAAACAUGUUUGCACAUGUCUGCUUGACUUGUGUUUUACUAACAUUGAUUGGCAUAUUAAAAGUCACUCUGAGCUUACCAUAAUUGUCUAAAUCUUGUGAUGCCUGUUUUCUACUAUUUUAUGUCUACUAUCACAUUUUAACAUUUAGAGUAUAAUGUAUAUAAAGUACUAAAAGCAAAGGACACAUUUUUGAUAGAAUAUGAAACAUUUAUUGUUUAAUGAUGAGCUUUAGUCUACAUCAGUUUCAUUUUGUGAUUGAAGAAAAAUUUGUCCAUCAAUCAUAAAUGUUUUUCACUUGUCAUAUUUAAUAUUUGUUCAUCACAUUGUAUAUUAUACAUUUGAUCUGCUAGAAAUGUAAUAUAAUGUAGGUUAAAAUAGCUUUAGAUUAUUAAGUGGAUGUAAUGACUCAUAAUUUUCUAAUUUGAGCUGAGUCACAGAAGAGAGCUUUAAAAUGAGGUUGUAACUCAGUUGAACUAGGCUGGAUUUUUUAAGAAUUAAGAGUGCAGAUUCAAGUGAUAAACAGUGCUAAUUCUACGUGACAUCUUUUUCUGAUGUAGAUUAGAACCAGAGUAAGGUCACACACACACACAAAGAUGUUACAAGAUCCUUGUGCUUUUUGAUCAUGGGUAAACAAUUUGUUUGAUUAGGGUCUAUUUCUUCCCACUAUAAACAUUUCUAAUAACUGUAUUCAGCUUUUAAGCCUAUGGCAUGCUAAAAAGCACAUUUUAGAGGUGUGAAAGGAAUUAGUGUAGGCAGGAACAGUAGAGAAGAAAGCUGAUCAGUGUGGGUGACAGCCUAAAAAGCUGCAAAGACUGGAGUAGGUAACACAUUUCAGUAGUCACUGACGACAAAGCUAUAAAAAGUAUAAUUGGUGUAUAUUGGGAUCACUCAAAGUCAAGGUGCAUUUUUCAAGUGCACUAGCUUCAAAGAAAAAAAAUCAGGUGUUUUUCAUCAAGUUGAUACUUGCAGUAAAAUUUUCACAUAUUGUUUAAGAAUAUUAGAUUAAGUAGGAAAAAAUUGGUUUUCUAAGAAGGAAUUCUUACCAUUUGAAAGCUGAGGAGAGUUGGGCUUAUAUUCAUUCACCACAGGAUACUUAAAUUGAGUGCCUUCUAUGUGCUAAUUAGUAGCCCAAAGACCAGUAAAAAAUAGUCUUUGCCCCUUGGUACUCAGGAUAAAAUAGGGGAGACCCAGGUAAACAUAAAAUGACAAUAAAAUGUAGUAAGUGCUAUGUUGGAGGGAUUCUACAGGUAGAGUGGUAGCUCAAAAGACAAUUACAUGGUUUGGGAAGAUGCCGGUGGUAGAGCAGUGAGUAGAUGCAGGGGAUUACAUGUAGACUGGUUUCACAGCUAUUGUUCUGACUCAGGGUAAGCGUAAAGAGGGCCUGAACUAGGACACAUGGGAUGGACAUGUGGAUGGACACAUGGGAAUAGGGUUUUCAUUAGCUGGGAACACUGCACACUGAACAGGUUUUGUUUGUUUUUAUAACAGAAUGAGAACUUGUUAGCAUAACACCAGGAGGAAGCUACAACUGCUAAUAUUGAAGCAUUGAAGAAUUUUCCAGAAAAGUUAGCUGGAAUGCAAAGUUAAAUGCCUGUUAUUUUUUGAGACAUAUGUAACAGAUAAAACUGUUUUGGAAAGCUUACUUUAGUAAGGAAGAAGCAUUUUAAAUAUUGACUAUGCAGUUGGGUAGGAGGAAUCCUGCAUUGCAGUUGAGUGCAAAUGGAAUUGUUGCCUUACAUUAACUUGCCACGAAUCCAAGGCAGUCCCCUUUAAUUAGUGAGCUAAUGUCUUGAAGGGCCAAUUCUGAGCUUUGGUUUUCAUUUUCACUCUGUUCCAGAAGUCAAGAAAUAAUGGUAUUUAAAAUAUUGCUAACAGCUUAAUGCUUUAAGCUGUCUUCUAAUUCUUAAAGCAGAAGCAGCAUCCUGACAUUAGAGUAGUUUUCCUCCCCAGUUCAUCUCCACAAAGCAUCUCCCUGACUUUAGCCAACAGAUCAAAUAAGUCAUUGCAUCCUUAAGGUAUAUUUAUUUGUGAAAAUUUUAAAGGCCAAUGAAAGCAGUCGACAAGGAGGAUGGAUCAAAAAAGAAUUUUGAAAGUGUUUUGGAUAUUGUGAAAAUCCCAAGUGAAGCCUGAAACUAGGAAUUUGGAGGAACCUGCCUCAUUCAGUAUUUUGAAGGCAUUUGUAGAACCGUAAAAAGCAUCAAUGAACUGAUUUGACAUUGCAGAGUGAGUGGAUCUAGAAGUUUCUCCUGCAAACCUGGUUGUAUUGUUAGAAAUCUCUCAGAAGCUCAGCAAGGUAGAUUUUUGUAAAACUGGAGGAGUAAGACAUCAUUGAAACUUACCCUUUCCCAACAUUAAGCUUUUAAAAACUUUGAGAAGCAUUCAUCUGAACAUCAUUGAACUUUUUUUUUCUUUGUGGCAGAUGACCCUAAUUUUCAAUGCAGUUCAAAGGUCUCUGGAGUAAGGAAAAAUAUCUAUGUAUGCUCUAGGAAGAUUUGCCAGGAAAAGAUGACAUGUUCUGUCCAAACUUCAUUAAACUAAGAGUCUAAGAAACCUCGGCCAGUCCAGCCUAUGAAGAAAAAUACCUCAAGGAACAUUUAUAUCAUAGUUCAUAUUGUUUAGUUUUAUAUGGUUAAUAAAUAUUUUGAAGAGCA